AUGAGCUCGAUGGCUGAGGGCAGUGAGGUCAAGGAAGGAGAGGAUGAGCUUGAUCUGGGCGAAGAGGACGGGCUUCCCCAACAGCCCGACCAUGGCGCUCUCGCUUCCGACCGCCAGCACUCCCCGCAGGAACUAGCCGACCGGGAAUUGGACGCAGUAGACUAUGCGGAGAUCCACGAUCAGGCGUCCGAGGAGACCGUCGCACCCGAAGGCCCCGAACUCCCCCAGACUCCUCCGGCGCAAUACGCGCAGUUCCACGCCACCUCGGGAAGUGUAGAUGAGACGGCAUCGACUCCCGAUGACACCCCGUCUUUGCAUGGAUCCGUUCCGUCCUCCCAGAGCAGCAGUGCGCUAGCAUUGCGAAGCUCUCCACGAGUCAGCCCCAGUCCAUCCCACCGUCCGUUUGACCUCCGCUUCCAAUCCCGACUAUCGUCGUCACCUCUAAGUCCCUCGAGACAAGGCUCGCCAUUUCUUGCCCACCUCCACUCUCGGCAAUCAUCAAUUACGAGCCAGCUCUCGCCGACACCGGAAUCAGACAACGAACCGCCGCAGAGUCCGUGGGAUGUCGUGCGAUGGACAAAGCUGCGAAAGAUAACUGGGCAAGCCUUUUCGGAGAUCGGCAAGCGCAACUUUGGGCGGCCAACAUGCCUGGCAGUUUCUACGUCCAUCGUGAUUGGCACAUCGAAAGGAAUCAUCCUUGUAUUCGAUUAUCAGCAGAGCCUGAAAACUAUCAUUGGAACAGGCACAAAAGCUGUUGAAUGCGGGCCCAUUACUUCUCUAGCCCUGUCUGCAGACCACUCCACCGUGGCUGGAGGCCAUGAAACGGGUGACAUCUACACGUGGGAAAUCUCUCGAUCGGCGCGACCUUUUCUCCAUAUUCCUCCAAUCCCAGCAAACCACGUUGAUACUCGAACAUCUGAUGGUCACAUUUCCGGAUCCGCGGUCAUUCAUAUCGGUUUCCUCGGCACCCGGCGAACCGCAAUUGUAUCAGCCGAUACAAGAGGAAUGGCAUUCUCGCACUUGGCAACACGAGGCAUGGGAGCAGUAGCUCGAACGGUCAAGACCACUCGAAUCUUGGGCCGAUAUCCGCAAACUGCACCGGAAGAACGUCGGCGAAAGCCCAGCUCUGUUCUAGCUUUCUCGCCUCUACCUCUCGGCAACGUGGAGCAGCCGUACGACUCAUUAGGACUCGUUGCUAUGUUAACUCCAUACCUUCUGGUGAUUGUCUCCACGACACCAGUGGCGCAAACUCAACAUAAAGCCCCGCGGCCCAAGGAAGUGCCGGCACACAGUGCCAUGACCGGAGCUUUGGCUUGGUUCCCUGCAAUUCGAUUGAAGGGCAAAGAUAGCCAGACGUCUAAUACCAAGCUCGUCUAUUGCUGGUCAAACGUUUUGACCGUGCUGGAAGUGACCGAAGCGGAGACGGACGAGCCCUUGGACCGCGAUAGACCACCAAAUCUUGUUUUCAGGGCGCGCAGUAGAUGGAAGGCCGACGAGGCUAUCGUGGCCGUUCAAUGGCUCAGUCGAUCCGUACUGGCGGUGCUCACAAUCACACAGCGACUGCUGAUUCUUGAGGAUUACACCAUGCAUGCCACGGAUUCCAUUGACCUUGUCCACCGACAUAUCUACCAUACCGACCUUUUCUCUUCACAACUCCAUAAUCUCGUCGAACAGCUUGACGAAGAAGACACUUCGAUGCAUGGCGUUGUGGCUGAUGCCUUUUAUAUGAGCUUCCGCGCCUACAAAGGCCGGCUGUUUUUGCUUGGCUACAAUGAAGCGCAGGUCGGCAACCUUUCAAAUUGGGCUGACCGACUCCUUGCUCUCAUGGAAGCGGGUGAUUUCAUUGGAGCUAUCCGACUGGCGACCUUGUAUUACACAGGAGCCGCAGAGAAGCUCACAGUUGGCCUUCCGGAAGAGGAUGUUCUAAGACAACCAAUUGUCCAAGAAAAGCUUCUCGAGAUGAUCUCUGCGUCGCUGAAAUAUGCCUUCGGUCGCAAUGAUGAAGCAAGCAUUGGACGUCUGGAGAGUAAGCAGCUCGAGGACUUAGCAGGGGUUUCCAUUGCCGCCUGCAUCCAUAUGGAUGAUGUGGAGUUUCUGUGGGAGGAAGUGUUCACUUGGUACGAGGAGCAGGAAUCCGCAGGCAUCUUCCUCGACGUCCUCGAGCCGCGUAUCGUCGACGGGACCAUUCGCUCGCUGCCUCCAACUGCCGUCAAAGCUCUGAUCAAUCACUUCAUCAAAACUCACUCGGCUGGCCGUUUGGAGGAGAUCAUCUGUUUGCUAGACAGUACGACGAUGGAUAUCGAUCAGGUUACAACGUUAUGCAAACAACAUAACCUAUAUGAUGCGUAUAUAUAUGUGUGGAACCGCUGUUUAGCGGAUUACAUUGGGCCGCUGGAGGAGCUCUUGCAUUUGAUCCCCACGCAGACCGAGCCUUUAGUCAAUGGUGAUCAUGCCAUUGAAAUCAAAAGGCACAUGAACGCGAUGAAAAUGUUUCCUUAUUUGUCCUUCGUUUUCACCGGCCGUAUCUAUCCCACCGGGGAUGAGAUGGAUGAAAUCGAGGCAUCGCGGGCCAAACUCGCUCUGUACCAAUACCUCUUUUCGGGCCAACUCUCCGGGACAGAAUCCGCCAACGGUUCUAACAAGACGGACUCGUUCUCGCAACUCCGGGCUAUGCUCAAGCUCGAUGCUUCCAGCUUCAUGAGCAUGCUCAAUGAAGCUUUCGAAGACAGCUUUCUUAACGAACCCGACUCCGACGAGGGCCCUUCUCCAGGUGUGUCGAUCAAUCGCCAGUACCUGAUCAGCAUUUUACUUCAAGUUAUGGACGCAUCUUCAUUUGCACCUUCCGAUACCAUUUACUUGGACAUGUUUGUUGCGCGCAAUCUUCCCAAAUACCCCCAGUACAUUCUUCUUUCUGGCACAACCCUGCAUCAGGUCCUUACCCGUCUAUGUCAAUACCCGGAUGAGAGCAUGGCCGGCGACUGCGAAUUGAGUGCCGAAUACCUGCUGUCAUUCUACCACCCGCCAGACAUCCAGAGCAUGGUGCCCCUGUUUAAAGAAGCUCGCUUUUUCCGGAUUUUGAAGUCGACCUACCGUUCCGAGAAGCAAUACCCGCAAUGGAUCAUGACAUAUCUCGAGGAUCCGAACGACAAGGAAGCCAUCUUCACCGCCCUGCAUGACAGUCUCCGCUCAGGAUCCGGGCUCGGCAAAAAGCAGAGGAAGGAUGUGGUGGAUGUGGUGAAGGAGCAUGCCAGAGAGAUUGCUGAUAUUGACGUAAUGCGUGCUGCUCAGACAAUGCAGGGUCUGGCCCCUGAAGCCCACUCCUCGUUCCUGCAGGUGCUGGAAAAGGAAAGCUACAAACAGUACCAGUAUCUUCUCAUCCUGGUCGAGCCUCAAGAGCAGAACGGCGAAAAGUAUCCUUCCGUCGAGAACUGGAUGAUUGAACGUUACGUGCAGCUUCUCUGCAAAUACAACCCAGCUCACGUGGCAGACUUCGUCGAAGGCCUACGAGUUGGUGAGAUUCAUCUGGAGGAAUUGCUUCCGUCUAUCGAGGAGAGUGGAGCCAUCGAUGCUGCAGUGAUCCUCCUUGCCCGGCAGGGCCAGGUACGAGCGGCCUUGGAUCGUCUCGUUGCACACUUGGGCACGCUGGAGUCCGGAUUGGUGGGAAUUCUUCAGAGCGUGGGCCAGACCCCUGACACGGCUACUACAGCAGAGGCGAUCGACGAUCUCCUUGAAUCUCUGAACAAGUAUGCCGGGGUCGGGACGUGGCUCUGCCAGGGCCAGUCCAAAACAGCCAAGCAGAGUCGACCGAGCAUGAAUGGGCAACGUGGUGUGUCACCACUUGAGCAGCCCCUGGCAUUUGACGAAGCUCUCUGGCUCGACCUCAUCGAGGCGGUGGUGCGCAUUGCGAGCAACGUGUUUGCACUCCUGGAACACCAAUUCAGAGACUCGGAGACGCAUCAGCCGGCAUCCCGGAGCGGAGAGACCGGACGGUUGACUACAUCAUUCCGCACACUGGUUCAACAGGCCUUCACCACGUUGCUUGCCAGCACCGUGAAAGGUGGCAGUCCAUCAAGCAGCGAACGCAACGACAUGUCCUUCCUCCGCAUUCUCCGCGCGUUUCUGACGCGGGCUGCAAGCUGGUCACCGUCUCUACUCGAGCUGCGCGCCGUGCUAGCGUCCAUCUUUUCCGCCUACUCGUACGAGAGAUCCCUCCUGACCCUCGCCAAUGGCAUGCUAGACCGCGACCUGUUCGUGCACGUGGACGAGGUCACGCGGCUCCGGCAGCAAGGAUGGCGACCCCGAGGCCAGGUGUGCGAGAUCUGCCGGCGGAGGAUCUGGGGACCCGGCGUGGGCUCAUCAAGCUGGACCGCGUGGGAAACCCGACAAAGUGACGGUCGCCAGCGUCGAAUGGCCAGGAGACUCGAGGAGGGCCGUGAUCCGGCCGAGCGGGGCAAAGGCAAAGCAGCUGCUAUGGGCGCGGGUCAGCCUCAGCUGAUGGAACAUGCCCAUGAUGCCGCGGAGGAGGAGGCAGGGACCGAGACCGGAUCGGUCGGCGAGCUUCCCCUGGAGCCGGUGGUGGUCUUCUCGUGCCGGCAUCUGUACCACAGGCAGUGCGUUCUAGAUGCCUGCGUUCAUGGUCGACCCACGGAUGGGCAUUCGUUCCGGCGAGAUGUAGCAUGGCCAGAGGCCGAGCUGUUCUGUCCGGCGUGUACAUAG